AUGGAAGUUCUAACUUCCUCAGUUACAUCAAUUCACAUCCCAAAUUCAGUAAGAAGAACCCAAUUUAACAAACGCAAGUUUUUUAGCUUUCAGUUUAAUCCAACACUAAGUUCAUCUCUCUCAAAAAUUCACGAGAAAACACCUUCAAAAUCCAAGCUUUUCGCAACCGCAUCAUCAUCACCAUCAUCUGUUUCAACAGAGUCCACAGAACCAGCUAAGCCAGAAAAUGAAGGAGAGAAGUUUGACUGGUAUGCACAGUGGUAUCCAGUAAUGCCAGUUUGUGAUUUGGACAAGAGGGUGCCACAUGCAAAGAAGGUGAUGGGACUUGACUUAGUGGUGUGGUGGGAUAGGAAUGAGAGUCAAUGGAAGGUCUUUGAUGAUUCUUGUCCUCAUAGGUUGGCACCAAUGUCUGAAGGAAGGAUUGAUCAGUGGGGAAGGCUGCAGUGUGUAUACCAUGGUUGGUGCUUCAAUGGUUCUGGUCACUGCAAAUUCAUCCCUCAAGUACCACCAGAUGGUCCUCAGGUCUACACAUCCAAGAAAGCUUGUGUAGCAGUUUAUCCAAGUACAGUGCAUCAUGACCUUGUGUGGUUUUGGCCAAACACUGAUCCACAAUACAAAGAUAUUAUUUUGAAGAAACAACCUCCCUUCAUCCCGGAAUUGGAUGAUCCAUCAUUUAUCAAGUAUACCGGCUGUAGAGAUGUUCCUUAUGGAUAUGAAAUCUUGAUUGAAAACCUAAUGGAUCCUGCUCAUGUUCCCUAUGCACAUUACGGAAUCAUGAAAACACGACCACCAAAAGUGAAGGCAGAUAGGGAAGGGGGCAGCCCAGUUGAAUUGACUGUCAAGAAACUAGACAUAGAUGGUUUCGUUGGAAAUCAAUAUCAGUUUGGUAUUAAUAAAUUUAUCGCUCCCUGCAUCUCUUAUGCUGACAGUAGUCCUGUGGUUGACCAAGGUGAUGAUCAUGCAGUUGCUGGAACUGAAAAGCAACCUUCCAUGCAACAGAGAGCGGCCUUAAUUUUCUUUUGUAUUCCAGUCAGUCCAGGGAAUAGCAGAUUGAUAUGGGUCAUCCCAAAAAACUUUGGAGUUUGGAUUGCCAAAGUUGUUCCACGAUUUAUUCUUCAUUUGGGAACAAACAUAGUUCUGGAUUCAGAUCUGUAUCUCCUUCAUUUGGAGGAGCGCAAGAUCAUGGAUAUCGGCCCUGCCAACCGGCCACAGGCUUGUUUUGUGCCAACAAAAGCAGAUGCCUUUGUGGUUGGUUUCAGAAGAUGGUUAAACAAGUAUGCUGGUGGUCAGGUUGAUUGGAGGGGCAAGUACAGCGGGGCUCUUCCCCCAACUCCUCCUAGAGAACAGCUGUUGGACAGGUAUUGGUCGCAUGUCGUAAACUGUCGCAGUUGCAAUGCUGCAUACAAGGGUCUAAAUGCACUAGAGGCCACUUUGCAGGUUGCUUCACUAGCUUUCAUUGGGAUUGCUGCUGCAACCAAGCAGAAUGCCAAUACAUUGGUAGCCAUGGCAGUAGUAUGCUUUGCUGGUUCACGAUGGUUGGCUCACUUCAUCUACAAGAACUUCCACUACCAUGACUAUAAUCAUGCUUUACGCUGA